CCGGAAUCAAACAGCAGGAAUACUCACGAUUGUUACCAUAUUCUAGGUAGAGCUUCUUGCUGCCACGAGUAUAAAUAUUGCUAGACACAAACCCGAAAGCUCCCCCGUCAGUAGUUCAAUCAUCUUUCAUCUUAUCUAACUGGAUAAUUCUUCCGCUGCACUUCCUGUCAAAGAUAUCAUUUCUUCCAACUACAUCCUUCACAAUGGUUGCAGAGUUCGUUCCUUCUUGGAAACAGCCAAGUCACCCUGACUCGCUGCAAGUGAUCAAGGGCGCUGCUGCCUUUCAAGCCUCAGCCCGCUCCCUCGUGGCGCUGCCCGCUGGUGCUGUCUUCAGUAAGAUCACCACUGCAAUUGCUGCACCCGAGAAGACCUACACCUCUGUCCAGUGUGGACCCGGCAUGAAUAUCGAAUUGUGUUCGGAUCUAGUGUACUGCAACCACUCCUGCUCGCCUAGCUUGGAGUUCGACAUGUCGAAGUUUGAAGUUCGCGUUGCCAGGGACCGGCCCUUGGCAGUGGGAGACGAAUUGACCUUCUUCUAUCCGAGCACCGAGUGGGACAUGGUUCAGCCCUUCCGCUGUAUCUGUGGUACAGAAAGGUGUCUGGGAUCAAUUACGGGCAGCGAGAACAUUGCGCCGGCCGUGCGUCAGCAGUACUGGUUGAACCCCCACGUUGAGGACUUGGCAGCAAAGCAAGAAGCUAUUGCAAUGAGCGAGGGCAAUCGCGAGGAGGUCAAAGUUAGCGUUUGAAUUGAGAUUUUGCAAUCUAGAAUAUAGAAACCGCUCAUAACGUCUUUUUCUGGGAUAAUUAUUCUUGAAAAGAUGUUUCUAGACACUCAUGUGCAUAGAACAACGAAAAUGAUCAAAUUUGGAGAGAUGACUUAUGAGUUGAAUAUGAAUCGAUAGAAUCUGAGGUCACCACAUCACCCGUUAGCACAUUGCUUGAAAAAGAAUAUCUUUAUCUACCAGUCGUUUAAGACCGUAAGAACCAC